CAAGAUUAUUAAUUAGAAGUUAAAUCGACUACACAAAUUUAUUAUUAAUAUUAACACUACUUGCAUUCAAACAUAAAACAUUUCAUUAAAUACGAUGAUGCCAUUUUUAGAUGACAGUGGCAUAGAAAGCGAAGAUAAAUCAUCAUUAUUGGCAGAAGAACAGGAUUCGAGUUAUAUAUUGAGGAAUGACACAGCGGAACAUAUGGCUGACUUGGAAGUUACAUUUAGGGGACCAACUGAAACACAGGAUUCAUCUUUUAAAGCAAAUAACUCAUCGCCUGUAAAUCUAAGCAGUGAUCCUAAAGACACAUUGAAACCAUCCAAUACAUGUCGGAUACUUCAACGAAAAUUAGAACUAAAAGUAGAGAGGGCAAAACGAAACUACAGCCAUUAUCAGGAAACAAAUAAACGAAAAUCUCAAUCUGCCACCUUAAUACCAAUUUCCAGGCUUUCCAUUCCUGGGGAUCUAGAACAAAAGCCUCUAGUCGAUUACAAAUCUGAGAGCGAUGAUUGCGAAGAGAUCUCAUUCUUUCCAAAUGAGCACCACAAAGGACGAUCCAAACGACAGGCAGAACUUUCAGAUACGUUUAGUAUACAAGAGAUGACUAUUGAUUCAGAUUUGGAGUCGAAUGAUUCCCAGAAUCUAGAAUUAUUAUCACCCCAUUUAAAAAGAGGUUUCCUAGAUUACUUAGCUACGUGUUUCUGUUUUCAGCCGUCAAGUUAAUAACGUUUUAAACUCGGUCUAGUGUAUGUGUGUACAAAAGUAACAAAAAUGUUUGAAAAUAAAUCGUUAGCUGAAAUGCAAAUUAACGUAACUAAAAACCAA